UCAGCACUGCUUCGCUUCCAAGCUCCUGUUCUCCUUGGAACCUUUUGGGUCCUCCAAAACCUUCGGCGAGAUGAAAACUCAUCUGGAACAGGCCAUGGAAUGUGUGGUGAACGUCUACCACCAGUACUGCAUUCUGGACCCCGUAGACGACUAUUUACAUUUGAAAGAGUUCAGCAAGUUGAUGAAGGAGCAAGCACAACCUUUCUUGAAAAGCACCACACCGCCCAAUCUCGACCAGGAUGGUUACAUAAAACAGUUAUUUGAGAAAGCUGACAAGGACAAGACUGGGUACCUCAAAUUCACAGAGUUCUUUUGUGUGUUGGGGCUUGCCCUGAAUGAGGGUCACGACAGAUCACACAACCUGGAUGAAGGCCACGGGCACGGGCACAGCCACGGGCACGGGCACGGCCACGGACCCGGGAAACCUGGCCAGUGAGUCCUUCGCGGAAGGCAUGGAUC